AUGAAGGGACUCUUUACCGCUGAGGAGUUGAAUGCUGAUAACGCAAAAGAUAAGGCUGCAAAAACCGCAUUCCUAAAUAAGGUCGUCGACUUUGUUGCUGCUGCCCACAACCGCAGUCCAAAUGUCAAGGUUUCUAGCAUCAUUUCAGGAAAAGAUGCUGAUCGAACGAAUGUCCUCCUUCAGUUGCUCGCAGAUGCUGUCAAUAAGGGUGUUGACAAUGCGGCAUGUGUGUCAAAGGCUUUGGGAUUGAAACAAAUCGUCGACGAAAAUCCACCAAAAGCCGAAAAAAGAGAAAAGAAGAAAGAGCCGGCUACUUCAAGGCUUGACACAUCCCAAGAUCUAAGCAAGCGCGUCGCUGGUUAUUCGCGAAAACGAAUGCCCACUAGCACUCGCUCCAGAGAAAGGCUAGGGCGAAGUCGGGAAGUACUAAAAGUAAAAGGAAAAGAGGAGUCGUUAGUAGAAUCAAAGCACGCCGCAGAAAUUUCUUCGAAUAUUCUUGAAAGCAAGCAACCCCCCACCCCAUCUUCCCCACACCCUGAAAUCGUGGCAGAUGCAAAAGUUCCACUGCCCACCGCGACACCAAUUGAAGGCACUCUGUCGCCUCCCCUUCUAUCUCGACCCAGCAGGCCUCCAUCUCCCAAGGAUACCAUUAAACCGGCUGAAGGCAAGUUGCUGCUCAUUCGAGUUUCAAACGGGCAAGUGCGCAACCAAAUGUACUCCGGACCAGUAAUUUCCUCUGUUGCUGGAAUAAUGAUGGAAAAUGAGGCCCUUUCGGAUGACGACGAUGCUUUCAUUGAAGAGGAAACAGUUACCGGGGUUCAACUGUUGCGCGCCGGUGGUGAGAACAAUCUUAUCGAUGAUGGUGAGAGCAAAGAAAACCAUGGCGGACUGGUGACGAAACUUUUGCAAUCAAAGAAGGAGCUAAGUGUUGGGGACACCACUGCACCUGCAGGUGCCAAGCUGUCAAGUAUGGUUGUAUUUAAUGAAGCAGCGAAAAAACGGGAACGAGAGUCCAUCGAAUGCGAAAUGGAAAGGCUUUGUCAGGAUUUACAAGACCUCACUAGGUCGGCACUUCCUUUGGGCAAGUUAAUGGAUUUUAUGCAAGAGGACUUUGAAAGCAUGCAAAUGGAAUACAAGGAAUGGAAAAGUGAAAAUGAAAGACUUCAACAGCAGCUGAAGAAGACUGAUAGGGCUCUGAAGCGCAAUGGAGGAACAAAUGUGGCGUGCGAUGGUGAGUUGGAUUCUACCAUUCGCGGCUGA